CAACGUCUUUUUCUAUGAGUUUUGGAACGCAUGGAAGAGAAGAGACAGAGAUGAAAAUCCGAAUAUAACCUCAAACCUGUCGUACAUAGCUUAAAAUUAAAACCAGCAAGUGGGAUAAUCUAUAUCUAUUGUAUUUAUUUUCGAGUUCAGUGCUCUUUCCAUCGGAAGCUUUCCGAUCGCUUGGCUUUAACGAGUUUAUUGUUUAGCAAGUUUAUUUCUUAAAUACGCAUCGUGUUCGUGUUGCGGUUUUGUAAACAAUCGCGAUUGAGAUUUGUCACUUGAAAUUGUAGAGAGUUCAGUUAUCACGUUUGAGUUAUAUUAAAAAACAAACUGUCUGCAUUAUUUAUAUAAUUGGUAAAUAAAGUUCUGAAAGUUUGAAUCGAGGAAAUCCAAAAUGCCUUUGCCGGCAGCAUUAGCUGCGCGUCUUGCGAAGAGAGGAUUGAUCACUGGAUCCGAGAAGCAUGAAUCCGGAAAGAAAGAGACCAAGAAGAAAGUGCAUGAAGAAGUAAUUGCUGAAGACUAUGAUAACACGAAAGAAGAGAUCAACCAGAUUGACAUAUCCCAAAAAUUUAUGGGUUACAGUGGGUGUCCUAACAAAUAUAAUAUUUAUCAUGAAUGUACGAAAAAGUGUAAGGAGUUAUGGGGAAUGGGACACGUGCAACCUUCGGACAAAUAUCUGAAACAACAAAUGAGAUUAAUUCAAAAGUAUCCGUUGCCAGAGACUUGGAAAGCCGUUUACGAUCCCGGAUCUGGGCAGCAUUAUUAUUGGGAUUGGUCGUCCGAUCUGGUAUCUUGGUUACCACCUGGCCAUCCCAAAUGUCAAAUAUCACAACCUGCAUCCCAAUUACGCGAAGAAUUGCAUUUGAAAGCAGGAGAUCAAGAUGAUAACAUGUCGAGCGAUGACAGUAUUAGCGAUCAAGAACAAAUGGAAGUGGAAGAAAGUGAACCUGUCAAAAAAGAUAGGAAGAUCGAAAAUCAACGUACAAGAUAUAAAGGACCAGAUAACAAAAGAACUUACAGAUCUGACAGAACUGAUGGUAAAGAAACGAAAGAUCGUACUUUGGAUCCUAUGGACCCAGCAUCCUAUAGCGAUAUUCCCAGGGGAAAAUGGUCAGAUGGAUUGGCGAAACAUAACGAGGCUAAAACUGGUGCCGAUACGACCGCUUCGGGUCCUCUCUAUCAAAUGAGGCCGUAUCCCAGUCCAGGCGCAGUGCUUCGAUCUAAUAGAGCUAAUAAACCAGAAGCGGAAUCGUCUAACAAACCGAAAGUUGCGUUUCCUGAAAAACCGGAAUAAGUAAAUACACCUUGUGAUAACAAUGACUUAAUUUCAUGUAAUUAUGUUAAUGCAUUAAAGUAUAUUUAAUGACAAAAUCA